UUGACAACUCUUCAUUCGCAGUUAUAUUUUAUUUCCGAAACAAACUUUUGAAUUCUGUUGUGUAUAGUUUAUCUUAUUUUUCAAAAUAAUGCUCCAUCAAGGAAUAAUUCUCCGUGAGGGUCAUGUUACAAGAACCAUAUACAAUUUAAUCAAAGACAAACGUUUUGACGAUGUAAUUGAAUGCAUCAAUAAUUUUGGAGAAGCUGCUACCACAAGAGCUGGAAUCUCAACCCUUGGCUAUUGCUAUUAUCACUCCCAGAGGUAUGAAGAAGCCGCCACCUGCUAUGAGCAAUUAUGUGUCCUAGUUCCAAAGGAAGCUAAGUAUAAAUUCUAUUGUGCCCAAUCGCUGUAUCAAGCUGGAACCUUUGCUGAGGCUCUGAAGGUCCUCAAACAAAUAAUCGACAAUGAGGAACUUAAGGAACAAAUCCUUCAGCUGCAAAGUGCCAUUUUGUAUUCGAGUGAAGACUUUGCCGGAGCCCAGGGUGUCCUCAAUCAACGUUUGAGUGGUAAUGCGGAGACUCUCAACGACGAGGGGUGUCUGCUGUAUCAAGCAGACCAGUAUGAGAAUGCAGUUCAAAGGUUUGUCUCGGGUCUUCAAAUUGGAGGGUUUAAUCCUCUGGUUGCCUAUAAUCUGGCUCUGUGUCACUUUCGAAAGAAGGAAAAGGCACAGUCUUUGGAUUACACAGCAGAAAUUAUCGAACGUGGGAUCCGGAAUCACCCAGAAUUGGGAAUUGGUGCCCAAAUGGAAUCCGAAGGUAAUGCUCGCAGUGUCGGAAAUCCUAUAACUAUGGCCAUGUCUGGAAUCACUCAAGCCCUUAAUUUAAAGGCAGCCAUUGAAUAUCAGGAUGGUAACAUCGAGGCGGCUCGUGAGGCUCUCCUUGAUCUACCCCCGAGGGUGGAGAGUGAAUUGGACCCAGUGACUUUGCACAACAUGGCUCUAACUGACCCCAGUGGUCCUGUAGCUGGAUUGAGGAAAUUGGCUUUCCUCCUUGAACUUGGACCGCCAGCAUGCCCCAAAGAAACAUUUGCUAAUAUAUUGUUGCUGUGCUGCAAGCACGAGAUGUAUGAUACAGCUGCUGAUAUCUUGGCCGAGCACACAGACCUCACUUACAAGUAUUUGUCCCAAUACCUGUACGAACUUUUGGAUGCCUUGAUAACUGCUCAAACUUCACCUGAAUUAGCCGAAAAGAAACUCGGAACUUUGGCCUCGAGCUUGGCUGGGAAGUUGAGAGCACUUGCAGCUAAAGUCCAAGAAGUUCGAACUACAACCGAUCAGAAUGCCUUGCGACAGGCCUUGAAAGACUAUGAAAGCUCCCUGGAAUACUACCUCCCAGUAGUAAUGUCUCGAGCUUGGCUCUCGUGGCGUGAUGACGAUUUUGUAGGGGCCGAAAGGGAAUUCCGCUCAAGUGCUGAGUUCUGUUCAGAAAAUCCAGUGUGGCGUCUAAAUGCCGGCCAUGUCCUCUUCAUGCAAGGCGACAAGUACAAGGAAGCAGCAGCAUUCUACGAGCCUAUUGUCAGACAGCAUUCUGACAACAUUAUGACAGUUUCGGCAGCUGUGUUGGCCAACUUAUGCGCCUCUUACAUCAUGACGUUUCAAAAUGACGAAGCUGAGGAGCUGAUGAAAAAAGUCGAGAAGGCCGAGGAACAAAAGGAGAGUCAGGGAAAACAGUAUCAUCAUUUGUGCAUUGUGAACUUGGUCGUUGGAACCCUAUAUUGCGCCAAAUCGAAUUAUGAAUUCGGUCUUUCACGGAUUGCCCAUGCCCUCGAAGGUGGUUCUGGUUCAAGGUUAUACGCCGACACUUGGCUUCACGUAAAGCGAUGUAUUUUGGGUCUCUUAGCUGGCAUGGCCAAACAGAACAUCAUCUUGAAAUAUCCUGCAAUUCAAGAGGUUUUAAAUUUCUUAAAGUCCUGCGAAGUCUAUGGACUUAUGACCCCAGCGAAUAACAAUUACGUUGCAGGAACAGAAAUUCCCGAAAAACCUUUGACCAUUGGACUGGAAGCUCGGAAAUUAAGAGUUCUUUUGAUAAAACUAAGUGAAUAUGAAAUGUAGAAUAAAAUCAAGCAUUUUUAAAAUUGAUUUAAGUCAGAAAACAAUGAAAUUCAUAAAGUUAAUAUUUAUUUUUUAAUAAAAGAAUACAAAUAUUUUUGUUCCUGUGUUUUGUAUUUCAGUUUAGUGUUAUUUGGUUAUAUUCAUCACAUUGUUUGCCUUGGAUUCACAAAGGAAGGUUUUUAUAUCCUUGGGUGAAACAUGCAGUGUUCUACAAAUGAAGUAAAAUAUAAAAUAUCAAAUGCAUACCGACCAAUCUAGCCUAAUUGAUUUUACAUGCAGUGGACUAUGAAUUUCGCCUAAGCUCUAUGAGCAUUGUUUUCAAACCACAUCACAAAAAUGACUUGACUAAAAAUGAACUGUAUAAACACACAACAUUUUUGAGUUAGAAAAUAUUUAUAAUUGGUACGAAUAAUGUUACUAACCAUAACCUUUUAAGAGACAAGUAUUGGAUUUA